AUGUUUGCAAGAAAUCAUACAAAAGAAGUGUUGAUGAUUCUGCUUUUGGGUUUUCAAACUCCACAGAUUUGGAACUCUGUUCUGGUCCUUCUGUUCCUUGUGAUGUUCAUCUUGACGUUAGUCGGGAACCUGCUGAUUAUUAUAUUGGUUGCAAGGUUUCAGAGUCUGAAGUCUCCCAUGUAUUUCUUCCUCACUCAGUUAUCGGUAUGCGACAUGGUGCUUUCAACAAUCAUAGUCCCCAACAUGCUUGAUGUUAUAAGUAAUGGAGGACGCAGAAUAUCCAUAACUGGCUGCAUCACUCAGUUUUUUUUCUAUUGUGUAUCAGAAGCCACAGAGUGUUUCCUUCUCACGGUGAUGUCCUAUGACCGGUAUUUGGCCAUUUGUUCCCCGCUGCAUUACACCUCCAUCAUGGGUUAUAGACUUUGUUUCCAACUUAUCCUUUUGUCCUGGAGUUUAUCAUUCAUAUUAACAUUUAUCAUGGUACCCUUGGUUUCUGUUAUACGGUUCUGUGGUCAUGUAAUUGACCAUUACUUCUGUGAUCUGGAUCCUCUACUAGAGUUGUCUUGUACAAAACAUACUGUUGCUGAAUUUGUAGACCUUAUCAUAGCCAUUCCUUCUGUGACUGUCCCUUUUUUCUUUGUUAUUUUUACAUAUGUUUCCAUAUUUAUCACCAUCCUUAGAAUCACCUCCAGCAGUGGGAGGCAAAAAGCCUUCUCCACCUGCAGCUCGCACAUCACUGUAGUGUGCGCCUACUAUGGGACUGCAAUAACGAUUUACAUAGCUCCUUCUCGAUGGCAAUCCUUCAAUAUCAAGAAGGCAGUGUCUCUUCUCUAUACGGUGAUCUGCCCGUUUGUCAACCCAAUUAUAUACAGUCUUAGGAAUCAGGAUCUAAAACGACAUUUGAAAAGGAUUCUAUCAAACACCCAAGGAAGAUUUUAG